CUUUGUUGUUUUGUUUCUGGGAAAGCUGCAACCCUUCCCCUCUCCGCGUGUGAGCGCAUGUGUGUGUGUGUGUGUGUUUGUGUGAGACGGUACGUGUGUUGCAUUUCGCUUCUCUGUUCCUUGACACCCCCUCCUUCCUGGUCUUCCGCGCAUGUGAUACGUAGUUUUGUAUACCCCCCCCCCUUUUAAAUCACCCUUUGGUUAGUCUUAAUGUGUGAUCAGGCAGAUUGUCACGUUUCGGUCUCUGUCUCUCCCGCCUCCCCACGACCGCCUUUUCUGAGUCCAGGUGCUGAAAACCUUCGGCUGGUCCUGGCAGAGCCGGCUUCUCGGAGAUCGCUCAGGCGCUUUGCAACCUUCGCCGUUUCACCGACGGCCAGAGAAGGAAGAGUUUUGCAACCGGCCUCUUCAGAUCCUUUGCAUAGACCGAGGACGAGAAAAAGCGGAAGAAGAAGCGCAAGCAUCAUCGCGGAGCUGCUGUUGCAGGAGGGGGGAGCCGGAGGAGGAGGAGGAGGAGGAGGACGGGCGGCAAUAUUGCUGCUUCUCUGGAACCGCCGGCGAGGCUGAUGGCGGAGUUUGGCAGCCGAGGAGGUGGCCCCACCAGUGGGGGGAUCACGUCCUCCCCAAGUCCGGCACAUGGAAAAGUAGCCUUCAAAGCAGGCGAUGGAGAAGGUGGAGGAGGUGGUGGUGGUGGUGGAGGAGGUGGUAGUGGAGGUAGUAGCAGUAGUGGGGCUACAAGAACCCACUUGGACAGUGCUGGCAAUGGGGUCUCCAAUGGCGAUUGUGCUGUAUUGGGAGCAAGAGAGGACACAGAGGUGGCCCAGCCUGGGAGUCCUGGCACAGAGAGAGGAUACUCUGCCCUGCACCCGGAAGGCAAAUCUGGUAACCCCAGGAAAACCAGCAUCAUCAAGGAUGGUACGAAGCAAAAAAGAGAACGGAAGAAGACAGUGUCCUUUAGCAGCAUGCCUACCGAGAAGAAGAUUAGUAGUGCAAGCGACUGUAUUAAUGCCAUGGUUGAAGGCUCGGAACUCCGAAAGGUUCGAUCAAAUUCUAGAAUAUAUCAUCGGUACUUCCUUUUAGAUGCAGAUAUGCAGUCCCUCCGUUGGGAACCAUCGAAGAAGGAUUCUGAAAAAGCAAAGAUUGACAUUAAAUCUAUCAAAGAAGUGAGAACAGGGAAAAAUACUGACAUUUUUCGCAGUAAUGGAAUUUCUGAUCAGAUAUCAGAAGACUGUGCAUUCUCAAUUAUUUAUGGAGAGAAUUACGAAUCUCUAGAUCUUGUUGCAAAUUCUGCGGAUGUUGCAAACAUUUGGGUUACUGGUUUAAGGUACCUAAUAUCUUAUGGAAAACACACGCUGGAUAUGCUAGAAAGUAGCCAAGAUAAAAUGCGGACUUCAUGGGUUUCCCAAAUGUUCAGUGAAACAGAUGUUGAUGAUUUGGGGCAUAUAUCCUUGUGCAGAGCUGUACAGUUUAUAAAAAACUUGAAUCCUGGUUUAAAGACAAGUAAAAUUGAACUGAAAUUCAAAGAGCUACACAGAUCAAAAGAUAAACCUGGUAUAGAAGUCACAAAGGAAGAAUUUAUUGAAGUUUUUCAUGAGCUUUGCACUCGCCCUGAAAUUUAUUUCUUGUUAGUUCAGUUUUCUAGCAAUAAAGAAUUUGUUGACACCAAGGACCUUAUGAUGUUUUUAGAAGCAGAACAGGGUAUGGCACAUGUCACUGAAGAAAUAAGCUUUGAUAUUAUUCAUAAAUAUGAGCCAUCUAAAGAGGGUCAGGAAAAGGGCUGGCUUUCCAUUGAUGGUUUUACAAAUUAUCUUACUUCCCCAGAAUGUCAUAUAUUUGACCCAGAACAUAAAAAGAUAUGCCAGGACAUGAACCAACCAUUAUCUCAUUAUUUCAUUAAUUCAUCUCACAAUACGUACUUGAUAGAGGACCAAUUCCGAGGCCCAUCUGACAUCACAGGAUAUAUUCGUGCACUGAAAAUGGGAUGUCGAAGUGUUGAGUUGGAUGUAUGGGAUGGUCCUGACAAUGAGCCUGUAAUUUUUACUGGGCACACAAUGACCUCGCAGAUAGUCUUCCGCAGUGUAAUUGACAUUAUUAACAAAUAUGCAUUCUUUGCUUCAGAAUACCCUCUUAUUUUGUGCUUAGAAAACCAUUGUUCUCUCAAGCAGCAAAAAGUGAUGGUUCAACAUUUAAAGAAAAUUUUGGGAGACAAGCUGUACACACAGUCUCCAAACACAAAUGAAUCUUACCUGCCUUCUCCUGAAUCUCUGAAAGGGCAAAUACUGAUCAAAGCGAAAAAGUUAUCUUCUAAUUGUUCUGGACUAGAGGGAGAUGUUACAGAUGAAGAUGAAGGAGCUGAAAUGUCACAGAGAGUGGCAAAGGAGGGGGUGGAGCAACAGAACCCUGUCCCAGUGAAACGGUUUCAGCUCUGUAAGGAGCUUUCAGAACUGGUCAGCAUCUGUAAGUCAGUUCAGUUCAAAGAUUUUCAGGUUUCAUUUCAGCUUCAGAAAUACUGGGAAGUUUGCUCCUUUAAUGAAGUGCUUGCUACCAAAUAUGCGAAUGAAAACCCUGGAGACUUUGUGAAUUACAACAAACGUUUUCUGGCCAGAGUUUUUCCUAGUCCCAUGAGAAUUGAUUCCAGUAAUAUGAACCCACAGGAUUUUUGGAAGUGUGGCUGUCAGAUAGUGGCAAUGAACUUCCAGACACCUGGACUGAUGAUGGACCUCAACAUUGGUUGGUUUCGACAAAAUGGUAACUGUGGCUAUGUACUGCGGCCUGCUAUCAUGCGUGAAGAAAUAUCUUUCUUUAGUGCCAAUACGAAGGAUACUGUGCCAGGAGUUUCACCUCAACUUCUUCACGUUAAGAUUAUUAGUGGGCAGAACUUUCCCAAACCAAAAGGAUCAGGUGCCAAAGGUGAUGUUGUAGAUCCGUAUGUCUAUGUAGAAAUCCAUGGAAUCCCAGCAGACUGUGCAGAGCAAAGGACAAAAACUGUACACCAGAAUGGAGACAAUCCGAUUUUUGAUGAGAGUUUUGAAUUUCAGAUUAAUCUACCUGAACUUGCCAUGGUGCGGUUUGUAGUGCUAGAUGAUGAUUAUAUUGGGGAUGAAUUUAUUGGGCAGUACACAAUUCCUUUUGAGUGUUUACAGACAGGAUACCGUCAUGUACCUCUACAGUCUUUAGUAGGAGAACCUCUAGCACAUACUUCUUUGUUUGUCCAUGUGGCAAUUACUAAUCGUAGGGGUGGCGGGAAGCCUCAUAAAAGGGGUCUUUCUGUGAGGAAAAGCAAGAAAUCCAGAGACUAUGCCUGCAUGAGGACAUUAUGGAUUAAAACUAUUGAUGAGGUAUUCAAGACUGCUCUCCAGCCCAUACGGGAUGCCACAGAUUUGAGAGAAAACAUGCAGAAUGCAGUAGUUUCUUUCAAAGAGCUGUGUGGCCUCUCUCCUGUAGCAAAUCUUAUGCAGUGCAUUCUAGCAGUAUCUACACGCUUGGUGAGAUCAGAUAACACCUCCUUGGUGGUCGUGAAUCUUAAUGAUCAGUAUCCCUCUAUGGAAUUGCAAGGCAUUGUUCCAGAGGUUUUGAAAAAAAUUGUAACAGCAUAUGAAAUGAUGAUUCAUACUAUCAAGACUCUGAUAGAAAAUUCAGAUAAUGUAUAUGAAAAAAUAGUCCAAUGCCAAAAAGCAGCCAUGGAAUUCCAUGAACACUUACAAAGCAUAGGAGCCAAGGAAGGUUUAAAGGAGAGAAAACUGCAAAAAGCUGUGGAGAGUUUCACUUGGAAUAUUACAAUUCUAAAGGGCCAGGCAGAUCUUCUUAAAUAUGCUAAAAAUGAGGCACUGGAGAAUCUAAAGCAAAUCCACUAUGCCACUGUUUCCUGUGGACUAAAUAAGCCAGGAUCUGAAAAUGCUGAGCCUUCGAAGCCACGUCGAAGCCUGGAAGCUAUACCUGAAAAGAUGCCUGAAGAAAAUGGAGAAUGAAAGAAAACUCUUCACUAUUUUGGAGUUUAUAACUCUGCAACCAUUGUAGCUGCACAGGACAUUUUGCUUUGCACUUACUAGUUUGGAGGAAAUCCUGGAAUUUUAAAAGCACAACUGGAGAAGCUAAUUACAAUCCAUGAAAACUGUGAAUGUAUGUAGCAAUUCUGUGUAUGAAGGCAGUAGGAUUGUCCUAACAUGGACGUAGUAUCGCUGGCUAACACACGCUAUAUGUGUAAAUAAUGUCAUCAUUCAAAAACAGUGUGCAGAAAAUAUCAUUACCAUUCAACAAAGAAUCAAAUGAGUUUUCCUUACUGGAAAUACAAUAUAAUGGCAAGGGAAGGAGCUUUUGUCAUUGCUUCAAGAGAAGUGCCUUGAUUUUGGAGGAAAUCUAGGUGUGCAGUGCAAUUUCUUUGAUUUAAAAGCAGCACAGUUCUAUAGUAGUUCACAGUAAAGAGGCCUGUUGUUGCACACCACAUAUAUAAAAACAAACAAACCCAGGGUUGGAAGUGUAGGUAAAAGAAAACACAAAACGUUGUGGUCCAGAUACUUGGCAGUGUUCAGGUCUAAAAUUACUACCGUCAUUUUGGGUUUUCUGUUCUGUUGUUGAGCCAUAAAUAAAAAGGGGAAUGUAAAUACAAAGUGCUCAGUUGUGGCACAGUGCACUAUGGGAGAGCCAUGGCACAAGAAGGAAUAUGUGCAAUCAGUCUGCCAUAAAAUGCCUAAGGUGCAAACCUGUUUCCACUGAAGAACAUCUGCAGAUGUCUACAGCUAAUGUAAAAGUGACCAAACUGCAAAGAAAACAUUGUAAAUAAUUUUAUCAUUUUAUGGAUGUGAACAAGUAUUCACAUUAAAAUGUUUUAUGAUAUGAUUCCCAUUUUAUUGGCCUCAUGUGAACUCUAACUUUUUUUUUGCUUGUUUCAGGUUUAAAUACCGUAUUU